AUGGCGAAGAAGAAAUCCAAACAGCGUCAAACGCAAAAGGAACUCUACGAAGCUCCAUACAUAACCGCUAGAAUCGGGAAGAAGGAAUAUUGCAUUCCCAGGUAUUUUCUUCAGAAAUGCCCACAACUUGAGUAUCGCCAGUUUUACUCUUCAUACAUCACCCUGUCUGACAUUCACGAGGACAUUGGUCAUACUUUUGUGCAUUAUCUAUAUUCAGGAUGCUAUGAGACAAUAAGGUCGUCAGUCGAGGACGGCACGUCUGAUGUAGCGAGAGAGUAUAAGAGAAGUGUUCUGGUUUAUCAGGCAUCCAGGACAUACCAGCUUCCUGCUCUUGAAGCCUUUGCAAGGAGUUACAUAGAACGGUUCGGCGAAGAAUUGUCUAUGCCUGAAAUACUGCGGACUACAACGGAAGUCUUUUCAAAACUCCCCGACGAUGAAACUUGGCUUCCGAAGUAUAUCGAAAGAAACCUCUGGCAGUCUUUGACUUCUAGUACGUCAAAAUUUGAUCUGGACGAGAUUUACAAUGCUCUCGGUCAGGAUCAUCAUUUUGAUAAUUUUGUGACGAAAAUGAUGCUUGAGAUACUCCUUCGUCCCCAGGAAAUUACCUCGCAGGACGGCAAGACUCCCUGCGAGCAGAUACACAGUCAGCAGGAAGAGUGGAGCACAUCAGGAGACCAACCCCCGAAUAUAUCAACGAAUGGGCGACAUUAUAUGGAUAUACCAACAGAGAGAAAUCCUGCUUUUGAGCAGGAUGUUGCCUAUGAGCCUGUUCCUGCCGAGGAGUCUCUUCCUGAGGAGCCUAUUCUUGAGGAGCCUAUUCUUGAGGAAGCUUUUGUUGAGGAAGCUGCUGUAGACGAACCUAUUGUUGAGGAACCUCCCGCCGAGGAGUCUCUUCCUGAGGAGCCUAUAUUUGAGGAGCCUCCUGUUGAUGAGCCUGCUUCUGCCGGGGAGCCUCUUCCUGAGGAACCUCCUGCCGAUGAACCUGUACUUGAGGAGCCUAUUCCUGAUGAGUUUCUUCCUGAGCCUGUUCCUGACGAGGUUCUUCAUGAUGAGCCUGAGCCUGAGCCUGAGCCUGAGCCUGAGGAGCCUAUUCCUGAAGAGCCUCCUGUCGACGAGCCUGGGGAAUCCCCGGAUAAAUCUCUUCCUCCAAGAGUUUCGCUUGAAGAUGUAGUUCUAUACCGGAACUGGGCGAGGAUAUCCUCGAAGAAGAGGGCUAAAAGAAUUCGAACUCUCGAAGAAAGGGGUCUUCCAAUUCCGGAAAAGGACGGUCUAGUUUCCUUCUCCGUGGUGUGA